CCUCAAUCCAGCAAUCGUACGCAUAUGAAUUUAAUUCAUGAUACGGCGAUGAUCUUCACACUGGUUGGCUCAUGGUUGGCAUCAAGCGAAUGACCAUCUGUCCAGCGGCCUCGCCUUCCCUGCAAUUGGAACGCAGCCAUCAACGGAACUGGGUUGAUGUUCAAACAGUCCAUACUACAAACAACAAUGGCCUUUUCAGGUCGCACAACUAGACAUUCCUCCAGAUCCAAUGUCCGACCUCCUCGAAGUCCUUCCUAAUUUCGACCUGAAAUCUCACAGGCACCUUUUGCACUCGCUAGAAAAGAACGAUAUCACGGUGGCUGACUUGAUCAGCCUUGACCCAAUUGACAUCGCUCGGAAAUGCCCUCUGCCUACGACUGACGUUCAACGACUGGUAUCAGACGUCGUCAAGGCUUUACAGGAAGACGUACAGGGAGCAGUUAACAAGCGAUGGGAUGUUGGACACUCUGGGUCACUGAAGGAGACGGACGCGCUUGACAAGGAAGAGGGUGAUGAAGUCCAGGGCACAGAAGCAACAGUGAAGACGCUAGAUAUUGACAUUGAUGGCGCGUUAGGUGGGGGUCUUGUACCGGGUCACAUCAUAGAAGUGGUUGGUGAGAGUGCCGUUGGCAAGACUCAAUUUGUACUUGGACUCCUGCUUUCCGCCCAACUCCCCCAGCCACGAGGACUGGGGAAAGGCACCAUCUAUGUGUCCACAGAGGCACCACUAAAUACUGCCCGUCUGAGCCAGAUUCUGACUUCUCACCCCGAAUACGAGAGCCUCCCACCAGCUGAGCGCCCCUCUCUCGAUUAUGUCCAUGCAAUCGCAACCAAUGACCUGGAAGCACAGGAGCAUAUAUUGCGAUAUCAGCUGCCUGUCGCGAUCCGACGGUUCAAUAUUGGUCUGAUCGUCUUGGACUCGGUUGCUGCAAAUUUCCGCGCCGAACAUGAAAGUCGUACUGCGGCCGGACUUGCGGAGAGAGCGAUCGAGCUGAGCAAGCUGGGAAACACUCUCCGCCGUGUUGCCAUUGAGAACAAUGCUGUGGUCGUGGUCACAAAUCAGGUAGCGGAUCGGUUCGAGGACAUCAGACCUAUUCUGCGGUCGUCGUCACCUGCAAGCUCUUCGCCCUCGAUGUCUACACCCAAUCUUUCUACGACGGUAGUGGAUAGUCGGCGAGAGACUCAAAGCCUUGAUCAUCAACAGCGGUUUUUUACUGGCUGGGGUGACCAGCCUGGCGAAAAGCGCACCCAGUUGAAAAACCCCGCCCUUGGAUUAGCCUGGACAAACCAGAUUUCUGCUCGCAUUGUCCUUAAGAUGGAAAGUGAACGACAGGAAUACAUGGGAGGAAACAUCUGGAGGGAUCGAAAGAAGAGCCGUACAUUGCGCCUUGUCUUCGCGCCGUGGGCCAGUCCAACGAGUGAUCCCAUUCCCUAUGAGAUUGGCAUGCCAGGCAUUUCGUCGAUCAGUGAGGAUGAUUCAGAUAGUCAAGCACCUGUUCAGGCCGACGGAGAGGAUGGGGAGUUGUUGAAAGAGGAGUUAUGGGCUACGGAUGAGGACGAAGAGUUUCCUUGA